AUGGCACCGAGUGGACCUCCGACGGGCAGGAGCUCGGACCAGCGCUCCCAUCCACGUCUCGAACUACGAAAAUCUACCUCGAACUGCGGGCUGUUUCAUUGUGCAGAGCCUCAAUACUCUGCAUUCGACACUGCUCUCGAACAUGGACAUGAGAUGGACAUACCUCAAGCCAUCGAUGUACAGGUGCUGACGACAAGGCAGAAAGUGAUACCAACUACAGUGACUAACGGACAAGUCCCGGCUCUGGCAAUCCUAUAUCGUGGUUACGAAUGGGCAUGA